CAAUGUUACCGCUACAACCUAUUUGGUUAACAUAGAGGUUGUAUAGGAACAUCAUAAAUAAAAAAUAAAAGUAAAAAAAAAUCAAGCUGUCGAGUUCGAUUUUAAAUUUCGAAGCGAACGUGUUUGUCAUUUUUUUUUCGAAUUCCGCGCGUUUAUUUUGGCGGUAUUUCGUAGUGUUGCUAUUUGAAAAAGUGUCAAUUUCCAAGUGUUUUGCAGUCUUUGAAUAAUCAAAAAUGUUUCACGGAGGCAUUUGGACGAAGCUGCAAGGCUUUUACAAGUGGUAUGUGCUGGGCCUGGUGUCGAUCGGCUACAUCUUAGGAGAACUCGGACAUUAUCUUAUUGGUACAACAUCAAAAGUGACAGCAGACGAUCUCCACUACGGAGACAAGUCGUGUAUGCUGAACCUGACUGACGUCCAUCUAGUUGACCUGCCCGUUGUCUGCGAGAAGGUCAACUCUAGUGAAAUAUGCGAGACCCUCACUCUGAACGGGACGCGGUACUGCGAGUGGGGCUACAACGGCCUGGGCAUAGACUACCAGGUGUUAGCUGGACCCGCCUUCAUGGCAGUCUUCACUGUCGUCGGAGUUAUACUGGGCGUGGUCGCUGACAAAUUCAACAGAGCGCGAAUCCUAUCAUUCUGCACCCUAGUCUUCGUCAUCGCCAUCUUGCUUAUGGGAACUGUCAAGGAGUACUGGCACCUCGUCGUCCUUCGUAUGAUAAUGGCUGCAGGAGAGUCCGGGUGCAACCCCCUAGCUACGGGCAUCUUAACAGACUUGUUCCCUGAGAAACAGAGGGCUUUGGCGCUUUCGAUCUUCAACUGGGGAAUUUACGGGGGUUACGGUAUUGCUUUCCCUGUGGGAAGGUAUAUACCUGAGGUUAAUGCUUGGGGAUUGAGCUGGCGAGUGUGCUACUACGGAGCCGGUAUCGUUGGGCUGGUCAUCACUCUGUUCACCUUCCUCACUCUUCGGGAGCCUUCCAGAACUACUAUUGGAGAAGAAGGCACCAACAAAGCCGGCGACAGUUCCCUCGAAUCAGCCGGCAAGAAAAUGCCUCAAGUGACCAUCUGGCACGUGAUUGCUCAGCCCAGAAUCAUUCUGCUGUGCCUCGCUGCCUCUAUCAGACAUUGUGGUGGUAUGUGCUUCGCUUAUAACGCAGACCUGUACUACCGUGACUACUUCCCCGACGUGGACCUAGGCUGGUGGCUGUUUGCUGUUACCGUCGGUAUCGGAUCCAUUGGCGUCGUGGCUGGAGGAGUUAUUUCUGACAAGUACGUAGAGAAGAUGGGCGUUCGUUCCCGCGUAUUGGUGCUGGCUUUAUCUCAGCUCAUUGCUACUCUGCCCGCGUUCGGCUCAGUGGUGUUCGGGCCUCUGUGGGCCAUGAUCACUCUUGCUAUUUCUUAUUUCUUUGCUGAGAUGUGGUUCGGCAUCGUAUUCGCUAUCUUAGUGGAAAUAGUGCCACUGUCCGUCCGGUCAACAACUGUGGGAGUAUUCCUCUUCGUGAUGAACAACGUUGGAGGAAACCUGCCCAUCCUGGUGGACCCCGUGUCGAAGAUCAUUGGCUACAGGGAGGCUAUUAUGAUCUUUUACGCAGGAUUUUAUGGCAUCAGUAGCAUAAUGUUCUUCCUAACAAUGUUCCUGAUGGACGGUCCUAUUGAGAAGCCAGAAGUUACAGAAGACUCAAACAAACCCAGUGGAUUGGACAACAGAGCGUUCACUCAAGAUGAACUGCCGCCUAGACGGGGAACAAGACCCGUGUCUAACGCAGCUAGUGAAAGACUGUAGGUCUUAUAGGUUUUAAACGAAUUUUACAAAAGCAAUACUGUGGUGAUACGGUCAUGUUGUGAAGUAUGGAUGGUAAAACGCAGGGCGCUAAGCACCUUAGGGGUGGAAAUACGGAUCGUGAAAAGGGAUUUAAACACCUGAGAAGGUCAACUGAUCUGAUCUGAUAGUUGAGGUCUUUCAGAAAGAUCUUGCUGGAACCCUUUCCAAUUAUAACUGUACAUAUACAUACUGAGACUAUAGUCUGGCUGGCAAAGGCAAGGUUACAUAGAUUCUAAUGUGAGAGAAGGGUAGCUUAAAACGAUGUAGCUCAACCUCCUUUAUUUGUAAGUGGCAAACAUCCGGUGCUUAUCCCAAAACGGCGUGUAAAACAAGUUAUGAAUGUGAAUGAAUCAAAAGGAGUAUGGAAUAUUUUUUUCUAUAGGAUGCGUCUUCUAUGGGAAAAUGGCGUUUGUAUGUAAAGACAAUAACAGAGAUGUGGUUUUUGGAAAGCAAGGCCGUAAUACAAAUGAGUGUGCAAUAUUUGAUACGAAAUGGCCUAACGACAACUCGAUAAUGGAAAAGUUAAAUAUGACAAAUUAUGCGUUCUUUCCAAAGUUGAUAAUUAUUUUUAAUAAUAAUUAGGAUAAAAUGUUUUUUAUUUCUUAAUAAUUAUUCCCUGAAAAAUAUCUAUCAAAUAUCCCAUUAUUAAGUUAAUACUUCUAUGAAAAUAUCUGAGGAGGUAUUUUUCAUAUUUUUUCAAUUUGAAAAGUCCGCCUAACCGCAAAAAAAAACAUUCAUAAGCGGCUGUGACUUGUGUUUUGAAACAAUUUCAAUAUUUAUAACUUUAUUGAAAAGCCCAAACAUGACUCUUGCGAAAACAUGUUCCUUUAGCGUUAGAAAACGACCCAUUUUUUAUACUUACAGAGUUUUAAAAAAGUCUUAUGACUGCAAACCUGCUAGUAUCAAGAUUUUGCGUCCCGAAUUAGUAGUCUACAGAUUAUACCCAACCAAGCAUAGAUUUCAAUAGAUUUUGUCUCUAUGACAUUACUGUGUUGUAUUUGUGAGAAUCUCAAAUUGUGUAAGAUAAUGUGUAGGCUAUUAAUAUUCUUUAUAAUAUGCAUUGUUGUUAGUACCAAUAAGAUAUGUCUGAGUGUUAAGUUUUAGUGUUAGUUGUUUUUAGUUUAAGCUCAGUGUCAUUAUUUGAAUACACUCGGUAGCAAAAAAUCGGAUCAUAAGCUUCGCAGGUAUCAACAAAUGUGAACUACUUAAAACAGUUCUUCAUUUCAAAUACUUGGCUUUAAGAUAUUAAUUUGUCUGAUUUUUUGCUGCCAAGUGUAUAUUUUAUUUAUUUUAAAACUACUGUUUCAAAACUCUGUCUGUAUAAUAGACAGUUAAUUACAAAAAAUCACAGAACUAUUGAGUUAAUUUGCAUUUAUUUCUUUCAAUAUUAAAUGUUUUUUUCUUAGCCAUUGGUAGGAAACUUAUUCUAGAACAUAGGAUCAUGUUUGUAUGACAAAAACACCAAAGUUUCAAAAAUAUGAAAUCUAAAAAUACUUACAACUUUGUAAAUUGGCGCCAGGAUCAGCCGAAGUAACAUACAUGUCUCUGGAUUAAAAAAACAGUGAAAUUACUUUGCUGUAUUUUGGCGCCAAAUCAUAACCCCUCUUAGUUCAAAAACCCACUGAUUGUUCUACAGAAAUAAAAAAAUGAAAGCAGUUAUUACGUGAUAAUGAUCUUUUGUACAUAUUUAUUUCGUAGUUAUGCGAUUAUUGUAAAUAAAUGUUUAAUGUUUUA